AUGGAGUUUCAAUCCGAAAAAAUAAUGGGCCAUCAGUCAAUUUUAACAUUUAAGUGUAAAAUGUGUAACAUUGAAAAUAAAAUUUACACCGAAAAUCCAAAGACGGAAAAAUGUCCCGUAAACAAAGCUGCUGUGCAUGCUUGUCAAGCAAUUGGUAUUGGUUACACACAGUUAUCAGAACUUAUGGCAUUUCUUGAAAUUCCUACAGUAUCAGAAACAAGCUAUAUAAAAAUUCAAGAAGGAGUAGCAGAUACUGUCCAUGACACAGCGUGGGAUGAGAUGAAACGAGCGGGCGAAGAAGAAAAACAAAUUGCACUAGAGUGUGGCGAAGUGGAUGUAGAUGGUAUACCAAUUAUAACUGUUGUUGCCGAUGGCCAAUGGUCAAAACGUAGCUACAGAACAAAAUACGAUGCGUUAUCUGGUGCAGCAACGAUAAUAGGAUUUAAAACAAAAAAAGUUCUUUUUAUCGGAAUACGAAAUAAUAUGGAAGCGGAUGGUGUGCUCGAGGGUUUUAGCAAAAGCAUAGAAAUGCAUGGGCUGAAGUAUAAUUGUUUAAUUGGCGAUGGGGACAGUAGUGUCACAAAACGUUUGAAUGAAUGUCAACCGUAUGGCCCAAAUUUUCAUAUUCGUAAAAUAGAAGGAGACGUGACAAAGUCUGUUUUACACUGGAAAAAUGAAAUUGGUAUCACUAAAUUACAAAAAAUUAAAGGUAUACAAAAAGAUAUUGCGAAUGCACCAUACCAUCGACUUGGCCAACAUAUAAAUUGUAGUUCUUAUUUUUGUGACGGGUCGAAAAAUAACGAACAAAACUUGGUUCCCGAGGCUGAAACCUCUGGAAUAAUUCCAGGUAAAUUUGGAAAGCGAUUUCUUCUAAAUUACGAUCGAAAAAGAGCCAACACUAUGAAAAGGAGGAAAUUAUUUCCAGAAAUUAGAAAAAAUAAAACUAAACGUUCAGAUGGACCAGAUGCAGAUUACGGCAUGGCUGAACCUCUUAUUGAUUCGUAUUCUCAAAAAGAGAUUGAAGAAAAAAAAACAAAUUUCCUGGAAACAUUAAAAUAUGGAAGAAAUAUGGAGGCAAACGCUCGUCAAAAAUUUGAAGAAAUUACUACUAAAAAAGUGAUUGAAUGUGGCUUAGUUAUUGAUCCUGAAAUUCCAUUCCUAGCAGCAAGUCCAGAUGGGUUGAUUGGAAAAGACGCUUUGAUUGAAAUCAAGUGUCCAUAUUCAGCCCAGAAUACAGAAAAUGCAAUCGAUGCCAUAAAUAUUAAACAGUUGAAAUACUGCAAAGUUGUAGACAACAAAGUUAUUUUAAAAAGAGACCACUCGUAUUUCUACCAAGUCAUGGGACAACUACGAGCAACUUGUCGACAGAAAUGUUUUUUCGUAGUAUAUACAAAAAACUGGAUUAAUAUCGAAGAAAUCGAAUAUGAUAAUAACUUUUGGAUGGAUAAAAUGGAGAAACAAUUGAAAAUGUUUUAUUUGGAAUGUUUGUUGCCGGAAAUAAUCAAUUCUCAAUUUCCGAAACGUAUGUUGAAAUCAGAUAUACUAGAACCAGACCGAAUAUUGGAGAAAAUUAAAAUAAAAAAAAAAUAA